AUGGACCAAGUGGAGGAUGCGUCAGACGCAUGCCUCUUUGUUCGCCUGGGCGGCCGCCCAAACCUGGAGAGGAUCGUUUAUGAGCUUUACGACUUGAUGCGGUUUGACAGCCUUCUUGGACCACAGUUUGAGAGGUUUGCCAGGACAGACUCCACGUUUUUGCGCCUGAAGAUUCGCACGGUGGACUUUCUCGAGUGGCUCCUAGGAGGCCCUUAUGUCUACGACGGCCCAGACUUGUUUGUAGCCCAUGCCUCCAUGCAUAUUGACAAUCUCUCCUACACUCAGAUGAUGAAGCUCUACCAGCAGGUCCUAGUCGGAAUGGAGGACAUCGAUGAACUCAGCAAGCAAGAGCUCUUGCAGGUCCUUGAAGCACAGCGCGGACCGGUGGUAGAUCCUUACAAAGAGUUCGAAAGGGAGCACGAGGAGCGCUGGCAGAGGAUUAAGGAGGAGCGGGAGAUCCGCGAGAAGAAGUUUGGGAAAAAGAAGUUCAAGUCCUUUGAGACCCGGAUCUUGGAGCAGGAGCGCGCCAAGGGAAACCCACCCGCGCAGGACUUCCUAGAAGUGAUGGCGCGCACGGCUGGAGUGUCAGACGUGUCGCUGCACCGUCCCGCAUCCGUGCGCCAGGUGGGGUCCCCGCCUUUGGCAUCAAGUGAGGUCCCAAGACGGACCAAGCACAAGAAGAAGACGAGCCCGCAUAGCGCCGAGACCUGUGCAACGGUGGAUUUCACACCGUGCACAGACGAGGUCAAGCAGCUCUCCCAUCGCUUCUCCGAGCUCCUUCCACGCCUGGGAGCGCUUCCAGCGCGACGACUGCUGCAGUUGACGGUUCAGCCACCGCCUAGCGACCGUCUGGAAGAUGCAGUGUGCACUCUCGUGGAGCUGGGUGCUUUGACCUCGAGACGGGAUGAGCAGGCGCGGAUCACAAUCCUUGGCCGCAUGGCCAUCGUGCUCCCCCUGGACCUGCGGCUUUGCCGCUUGGUCCUUUUCGGUGCCCUUUUCGGCUGCGCAGCCGAUGCAGUCGUUAUGGCGGCCGCCCUCAGUGGGCAGGACCCCUUCUCUUCGCCCAUGCACAUGGUCAUCAAGGACCACCUGAAGUAUGCCCGUGCACUCGCGAAAUCCUUCGAGUCGCGGUGGCACUUCGAUGGGGGCUCCCUCAGCGAGCCCAUCAUGCUCCGGAACUUGUUCAAGGCAUGGCUGAAAGGUUCGCAGCUCAGACCCCAGGGGAAAUCUUCAUAG